GGCGGGCGGGGCGGAGCCCCUCGGCGGGGGGAUGUACGCGGUGUACAAGCAGGCGCACCCCCCCACCGGCCUCGAGUUCGCGCUCGCCUGCAACUUCUUCAGCACCGCCCAGAGGAACCUGGUGGCGGCCGGGUCCUCCCAGCUCUACGUGUACCGGCUCAACCACGACUGCGAGCCGCUGGUGAAAGGGGAGAGAAAUGGGGAGGGGAAGGGGCACAAGGAGAAGCUGGAGCUCGUGGCCUCCUUCACCUUCUUCGGCAACGUGAUGUCCAUGGCCAGCGUGCAGCUGGCGGGGGCCAAGCGCGACGCGCUGCUGCUCAGCUUCAAGGACGCCAAGCUCUCGGUGGUGGAGUACGACCCCGGCACCCACGACCUGAAGACGCUGUCGCUGCACUACUUUGAGGAGCCCGAGCUCAGGGACGGCUUCGUGCAGAACGUGCACAUCCCGCGGGUGCGGGUGGAUCCCGACGGGCGCUGCGCCGUGAUGCUCAUCUACGGCACCCGCCUGGUGGUGCUGCCCUUCCGCAGGGACACGCUCACCGACGAGCACGAGGGGCUGGUGGGAGAGGGGCAGAAGUCCAGCUUCUUGCCCAGCUACAUCAUCGACGUGCGGGAGCUGGACGAGAAGCUGCUCAACAUCAUCGACAUGCAGUUCCUGCACGGCUACUAUGAGCCCACCCUCCUCAUCCUCUACGAGCCCAACCAGACGUGGCCAGGGCGCGUGGCCGUGCGGCAGGACACGUGCAGCAUCGUCGCCAUCUCCCUCAACAUCAUGCAGAAGGUUCAUCCCGUCAUCUGGUCCCUCAGCAACCUGCCCUUCGACUGCACCCAGGCCCUGGCCGUGCCCAAGCCCAUCGGGGGGGUCGUGAUCUUCGCUGUCAACUCUCUGCUCUACCUCAACCAGAGCGUCCCCCCCUACGGGGUGGCCCUCAACAGCCUCACCAACGGCACCACCGUCUUCCCCCUGCGCAUCCAGGACGGGGUGAAGAUGACUCUGGACUGUGCUCAGGCCACCUUCAUCUCCUACGACAAGAUGGUCAUCUCGCUGAAAGGAGGGGAGAUCUACGUCCUGACGCUGAUCACGGACGGGAUGAGGAGCGUCCGGUCCUUCCACUUCGACAAGGCGGCCGCCAGCGUCCUCACCACCUGCAUGGUGGCGCUGGAGCCGGGGUACCUGUUCCUGGGCUCCCGCCUCGGCAACUCGCUGCUGCUCAAGUACACGGAGAAGCUGCAGGAGGCUCCGGCCGGCGCCGCCAGAGACCCCCCCGAGCGGCAGGAGGAGCCGCCGCAGAAGAAGAAGCGCCCCGAGGCCUCGGGACCGUGGGCAGGGGCGAAGGCGGCGCCGCAGGACGAGGUGGACGAGAUCGAGGUUUACGGCAGCGAGGCCCAGUCGGGCACCCAACUGGCCACCUACUCCUUCGAGGUGUGCGACAGCAUCUUGAACAUCGGGCCCUGCGCCAACGCCGCCAUGGGCGAGCCCGCCUUCCUGAGCGAGGAGUUCCAGAACCACCCGGAGCCGGACCUGGAGCUCGUGCUCUGCUCCGGCUACGGCAAGAACGGGGCCCUCUCGGUGCUGCAGAAGAGCAUCCGGCCGCAGGUGGUGACCACGUUCGAGCUGCCCGGGUGCUACGACAUGUGGACGGUCAUCGCGCCCCAGAAGAAGGAGGAGGCGGCUGAAGGGGCUGCACCGGGGGAUGACGCUGAGAAGGAGCCGGCGGCCGCCGACAGCGCGGACGAGGACGCGGGGAAGCGCCACGGCUUCCUCAUCCUCAGCAGGGAGGACUCCACCAUGAUCCUGCAGACGGGGCAGGAGAUCAUGGAGCUGGACACCAGCGGUUUCGCCACGCAGGGUCCCACCGUCUUCGCCGGCAACAUCGGCGACAACCGCUACAUCGUGCAAGUGUCGCCGCUGGGGAUCCGCCUGCUCGAGGGAGUGAACCAGCUGCACUUCAUCCCGGUGGACCUGGGCGCCCCCAUCGUGCACUGCGCCGUGGCCGACCCCUUCGUGGUGAUCCUGAGCGCCGAGGGCCACGUCUCCAUGUUCGUGCUCAAGAGCGACUCGUACGGGGGCCGGACCCACCGCCUCAGCCUGCAGAAACCGCAGCUCCACCACCAAUCCAAGGUGCUGGCCCUGUGCCUGUACCGGGACGUCAGCGGGAUGUUCACCACCGAGAGCCGCGCCGCCGGCGCCCGCGAGGAGCUGCCGGGCCGGGGCCAGGCCGAGGCCGAGACCCUCAUCCAGGACAUCGGGGACACGGUGGACGACGAGGAGGAGAUGCUUUACGGCGACUCGGGCGCCCUCUUCAGCCCGGUGAAGGAGGAGCCGCGGCGCGGGAGCUGCCCCAGCGCCGAGCGGGACCCGCACCAGAACAGGCCCGAGCCCACGCACUGGUGCGUGCUGGUGCGGGAGAGCGGCACCAUGGAGAUCUACCAGCUCCCGGAGUGGCGCCUGGUGUUCCUGGUGAAGAACUUCCCGAUGGGGCAGCGGGUGCUGGUGGACAGCUCCUUCGGGCAGCCCGUGGCGGCGCCGGGAGCGGCGCCGGGAGCGGCCGCGGCGGCGCCGGGAGCGGGGGCGCCGGGAGCGGGGGCCCCCGCGGAGGCGCGGAAGGAGGAGCCGGGGCGCCAGGGGGACCUGCCCCUCGUCAAGGAGGUGCUGCUGGUGGGGCUGGGGCACCGCCGCGGGAGGCCCUACCUGCUGGUGAGCACGUGGAGCAGGAGCCGCCCGCAGCCGGAGCCGCAGCCGGGGCCGGAGCGGGGCCGGGGCCGGAGCGGGGCCGGGGGGAUGCGGCCCCGGGGCGCGCUGUGGGGCGCUGUGGGGCGCCGGGCGCUGAGCGCGGGGGGGGCGCCGGCCCCGCCGCAGCCGUUCGAGGCCAUCCCCAGCCUGGGCCGGGGCCGGUGGCUCAACCUGCUGCGGCUCUGGCGCCGCGGCGGCUCCCAGCGCUUCCACCUCCGCAUGCAGGACGCCUUCCGCAGCCUCGGGCCCGUCUACAGGGAGCGGGUGGGCACCUAUGACUGUGUGAACGUGCUGCUCCCGCGGGACGCGGCGCAGCUCUUCCGAGCCGAGGGCGACUUCCCGCGCCGGAUGGGGAUCGAGGCCUGGAGCGCCCACCGGCGCCUGCGCAACCACAAGUGCGGCCUCUUCCUGCUGAACGGGCCGUCGUGGCGCUCGGACCGGCUGGCGCUGAACCCGGCGCUGCUGAGCCCCGCGGGCGCGCGCCGCUUCCUGCCGCUGCUCGACGCCGUCGCCCGGGACUUCGCGGCCGCGCUGGGCCGGCGCCUGCGGCAGAGCCCGGGGGGCACCGUCACCAUCGACCCCCACCCGCUGCUCUUCCGCUUCACCCUCGAGGCCAGCAGCUACGCGCUGUACGGGGAGCGCCUGGGGCUGCUGGGGGGGGGCGCGGCCCCGGGGGGGGCCCAGCGCUUCCUGGGGGCGCUGGAGGCGAUGCUGAGGACGACCCCCCCCCUGCUCUUCCUGCCCCCCCCCGUCCUGCGCCUCCUGCCCCCCCCGCUCUGGCAGGAGCAUCUCCGGGCCUGGGACACCAUCUUCCAGCACGCGGACGAGAGCAUCCAGCGGAUCUACCGCGCGUUCUGCCGGGGGGGGGCCGGCGCCGGGGGGGGCGCCGGGGGGGGGCUCCUGGCGCAGCUCCUGCUCCAGGCGCGGCUCCCGCUCGACUCCAUCAAGGCCAAUGUCACCGAGUUCACCGCGGGCGGCGUCGACACCACCGCCGUCCCGCUCCUGUUCACGCUGUUCGAGCUCGGGCGCAACCCGCGGGUGCAGCGCGCGCUGCGGGACGAGCUGCGCGCGGCGGGGGAGGGGCCAGGCCCCCACCCCCAGGCGCUGUUGGGGUCCCUCCCGCUGCUGAAAGCGGCCAUCAAAGAGACCCUGCGGCUGUACCCGGUGGGGGUGACGGUGCAGCGGUACCCCGCCAGGGACGUGGUGCUGCACAACUACCGCGUGCCGGCGGGGACGCUGUGCCAGGUGGGGCUGUACGCGAUGGGGCGCAGCCCCGCCGUGUUCCCCCACCCCGAGCGCUACGACCCCUGGCGCUGGCUCGGCAACGGCGACAACAGCUUCAAGGCGCUGGCGUUCGGGUUCGGCGCCCGGCAGUGCAUCGGCCGGCGCCUCGCCGAGGCCGAGAUGAUGCUGUUCCUCAUCCACGUCUUGCGCAACUUCAGCAUCGAGGCCGUGUCCACCGAGGACAUUCCCACCGUGUUCCGCUUCAUCCUCAUGCCGGAGACGUCGCCGCUCCUCACCUUCCGCAGCCUGAACUGAGCCGGGGGGGCACCCCCCGGGGCCACGCAGGUCCCACACGUGCAAAUCACAUGUAAAUCACAUGUAAAUCACAUGCAAAUCACACGCAAAU